CUUCUUUACGUUCCGUUUACAUUACCUUGUGUCUGCAAAUAUCGUAUAUGUAAAUCGUAGGAUACAAUAUUUACAAACGUUUAAUAUAUACCAAAUAUAAUCGCCCUUUUUCAAUAUGCUAUGUACAUUUACUUCUUAAUAAGAACUAUUAAAAUACCGCAAUUUUCCCGCCGGAUUCUACGCCAAGUUGUAUAAAGGUGCAGGCUGUAAUAACGUAACAAAAACCUACAUAUUGGACAUAAAUUAUCCAACCCGUUUCCAUCGGUUAAUUUGUCAUUCAAGAAACGUUUCGACACAAAUCAGCGAAUACUGGAAAAAAACUGGUCGCGGUAGACUAUAGUGAUGAAGACGUCAAAGUGCUUUGUUACCCAACAAUGAGCAGAGAUGAUCUGCAUAUACAACUAGAAAAGUUUCGUCACGCGAGAACCAUUACUAAGGUCCAUCCCGUGGCAUAGCACUCAUUGUUUAGCAUGGAGGGGAAUAAAGUCAUAUUCCGUGAAGUGACAUUUGGGCAUUAAUAAUAGCAGGGCAAGUAUACUGAUACGCCGACGUUAUGACGAGUGAGAGACCUCGCGCUAUUUUCAUAUGUUGGACAGUUUUACAAGGCCGAGACCGGUGAUAGUUUCCCAUCAUUUACUUUAAUCUGGAAGUUUCAAAGGACAUGUGUGUUAUCUCAGUUUUAAAUAUUCUCCAUAAGUUAUUUCUAAUUUGACAUUAACGGUGUCGUCGAACUAGAAAUAUUGUUUAUUUUGAUUUAUGCCGUAUUUUUCUUUGGGUUUCCAACAUGAUACGUCGGAAACGAAAGUGAGCAAAAAUUGACAUUAAAAGGGUGUGAUACAACAAAUUCUACAGUAUCUUCAGUUGACAAGAGACAAGCGACUGCUGGCCGCCUCGAAAUCGUGAACAUACUAAACUUAGAGGAUUCGUCCAAGUUUGAAAGUGCUUGAAGUGGAGUUUUUGUUUGAGUUUAAAUUAUCAAAGAUGGACGAUACAAUUUCAAUUAAUCGUGGUUGUGAGUGAAUUUAGUAAUAGUGUUUUCACUAACACUUAAUUGUGAUUGGUGAUCUCAAACUUGGAGCAUGAGUUCUUACUUUGCUAAUUCGUAUAUGCCGGACAUGCGUAAUGGUGGAGUUGUGUCAGCGGAACACCCGCAUCAGCAUCAACAUUAUGGAGCAGCAGUGCAGGUGCCGCAAGGUGGAGGUGCCGUACAAAGUGAUCCUAACUCUUGUGGUGAUCCUUCGGUUGUUGGGUUACGACAAGGAAUACCGUCCCACCACUAUGGUGGCGGUCCCCCGGCCGCAGGGCAACCUCCUCAAGGUAUGCCCUACCCUAGGUUUCCUCCCUAUGAUAGAAUGGACAUGAGAAAUCCUGCUUAUUAUGGGGCUCAACAUCAACAGAUGGAUGGAAAUCAAGGGUAUAGGCCGGAUAGUCCGACAAAUUUACAAAUGGUGAGCAAUGGAGCGCCCAAUGGUCACCAAACACCGGUGGUGUACGCCAGCUGUAAAUUACAAGCGGCUGCCGUAAACCACGGGGGAGUUCUAGGUUCAAGUACGGGCAGCCCACCUUUGGAUACGUCCCAAGGUAUGAGUAAUCAUCACAUGGGUCACCACAUGCAAGAGCACCCUCAACACCACCCUCAAGGUCACCACCAGCAGCCGCACUUACUGUACGGCGCUCAGCAAAGUGGGAAUAUGCAUCAACAAAAUGCUCCACACCAACAACCCUCUCUUCAACAACAGCAACAACAACAGCAGCAGCAGCAGCAGCAACAACAACAGACUGCAAAUAAUCCCGCCGCGUUACCAAGUCCGCUUUAUCCGUGGAUGAGAAGUCAAUUCGGGUCUUCGGAUAAUCCGCUUGCAUCCCAAAACGAAAGGAAGAGGGGUCGACAAACAUACACUAGGUACCAAACGCUGGAAUUGGAAAAGGAAUUUCAUUUUAAUCGGUACCUGACGAGGCGGCGGCGUAUCGAAAUAGCUCACGCUUUGUGUCUAACCGAAAGGCAGAUCAAAAUCUGGUUCCAGAAUCGCCGCAUGAAAUGGAAGAAAGAAAAUAAAACCAAAGGCGAAGUCGGUUCGGAAACAGGCGGUGACGAUAUUAGUCCGCAGGGCUCACCACAAUGAAUCUCGUACAACUACAAUAAUGUACCUAACAGCACAUUGUAGUCAUUUUAAAUGCAUUUACUUUUAAUACUGAUCGCGUGAUAGCUAUUGUACAACUCUUCUUAACAGUUUCGGCAAGACUUUUCUAAAUUCCCCACACAACCACAAUGACCUCUUAUGAUAAUUGAUAAGCCCCCUUUUAUGUACAUUAAAGUCGAUAUUUUAGUUGCGAUAACUGCGGAUAUUAGAAGAAAUUAUAGUUUAUUUAUUUAUAUUGUAGAUAAUAAAAAUAGAGUAUAUUAAUUAUU